CGCUAACCCUACCCAACAUUCCACACGUGCGAGGAAGCAACAGCUAGCAGCAGCAGCCCCGACGUCUGUCAGCAACAAGGCGUAUUACCAUGCAGAAGUUUAGAAACGCCGAUUUUUCGCCCUGAGCAGACUCAAAAGCAAAGUUCGACGACACGUGAGACGUCUCGGGAAACAACGGGUCAUGGCCGGCAUUGUCAACUGAUUGUUAUUUGGAGCUUCAAAGGUGCAAAAAGUCAGUGAGCUGAUCUCGACGUCGAACAAGAUGGCAGCAGAAGCAGCAACACCAAUGCAGGGUUUGACGGUGGCGUGGCUUCUCGCUGCUCAACCCUUUGACGCGAUGGCUCAUUUGGUUUACGGGUCUUAUUGAAGGUAUGGCCUCACAAGUCUUGAUUCAGCCAUCACACAUGCACUCAGCUCAAACAAGUGCCUUAGGAACCAAUAACAGCAAACACGCGGGGGAAGCCCACAGCAGUAAUAACACCACCAGAGCCUUUCCCAUACCACCCCCACCUAAAACUUAUGUGAUUGGCGUUAACUACGGAAUUGCUUACCCCAACAACGUAUUCCCAUCAACAGUCGAUGACUUUGAGAGACUGCACUGGGCAACAGCAAUUGAAGAAAUUGAGGAGAGGAGGCCUCGUCCGUUGGGAUUGCGCACUGUGGAGAGGAGAGGAAAAGCCAUCGCUGAGAUCAAAGAUCAGAGGUCUCAUUGUCAGAACAAAGGACUACCGGAAAGGAGACUAUCAGAAGAGGAAAGGGCCACAAACAAAGAAGGUUGGGGACAUGUAAACCUUGACUCAGGUGUGACGCAGCGAUGCAAACAGAAGAGAGGUGAAGUUGUAGAACUACGGCAGGAUUACAACUGUGUUGGAACCAUGCAGAUAGUGGAGGAGGUAUCUGAUCUACCUUCACUGCCUGCUUGUAGUACAAUGUUGCAAGCAGGGAAUCAUGAUGUCCCUAAAGUAGACAAGGUUGGGGAAUCAGCUGGCAUUGGUAAUGAAUCGAAUGGGACAAAAAUCAGGUCUAACGUCACUACUGAGGCGAUGCCUACCACAAACGGAUCAGGAACAGGAGAUGGUGACUAUCAGUUAGUUCAGCAUGAGGUUCUCUGCUCAUCGAAACACAGCUAUGAGGUGUUGGAGUUCCUUGGACGUGGCACCUUUGGUCAGGUGGUGAAGUGCUGGAAGAGGGGAACGAAUGAAGUGGUGGCUGUCAAAAUACUGAAAAACCACCCAUCGUAUGCACGUCAGGGACAAAUUGAGGUGGAGAUCCUUGCUCGGUUGAGCAGUGAGAACGCAGAUGAACACAACGUGGUGCGCGCUCUGGAGUGCUUUCAGCACCGGAGUCAUACCUGUCUGGUGUUUGAGAUGCUGGAACAAAACCUCUAUGACUUCCUGAAGCAGAACAAGUUCAGCCCACUGCCACUCAAAAUAAUCAGGCCAAUACUUCUGCAGGUAGCAACAGCGUUAAAGAAACUGAAAUCCUUGGGUUUGAUUCAUGCUGACCUGAAGCCUGAGAACAUCAUGCUGAUAGACCCGUCCAGGCAGCCAUACAGAGUUAAGGUUAUUGACUUUGGCUCCGCCAGCCAUGUCUCAAAGGCCGUCUGCUCGACCUACCUGCAGUCCAGAUACUACAGAGCUCCAGAGAUUAUUUUGGGCCUGCCAUUUUCUGAAGCGAUUGAUAUGUGGUCAUUGGGAUGCGUUAUAGCAGAGCUCUUCCUGGGCUGGCCCCUCUACCCUGGUGCCUUGGAAUAUGAUCAGAUUCGCUACAUCUCCCAGACCCAAGGCCUACCUCCGGAACACCUGCUCAACAAGGGCACCAAGACCUCCCGUUUCUUCUGUAAAGAGUCAGAAUCUCCUUACCCCUGCUGGAGACUUAAGACAACAGAAGAGCAUGAGAAAGAGACAGGACUGAAAUCCAAAGAAGCCAGAAAAUAUAUCUUCAGCUGUCUGGAUGACAUUGCACACGUGAACUUGGUGUUGAGUCCUGACAACAGUGACAUACAGGCAGAGAAAACCGACAGGAAAGAGUUUGUGUCCCUGCUGAAGCGCAUGCUGCUGAUAGAUGCAGAGGACAGAACUGUUCCCUCCAAUGUCCUCACUCACCCUUUCCUCACCAUGACUCAUCUGCUGGACCACCCACAUAGUAACCAUGUGCAGUCAUCUUUUCGCAUCAUGGAUAUGUGCCAUGGCCGUCCAAACAGUACAGUUUUUGAUGCGUUGAACCAGAACACCGUUCAUUUUACCAGACCGCCUGUUGGUUCCACUUCUACUUCUUCGGGCCUCCAGCUGGGCUACAACAACAUACCAGUUCACACUCAGCCUAUUACGCAAUCAGGUCAUUCAGUGUUGCAUCCUGGGCUUGCUCUCACAACAAGAAAUGGUCAGUUUGGAUGCAGCGACGCCUUCCCACCCAUUCUUCUUUGUCCACCCAACAUUCAAGGUAACCUUAACCAAGCAGUUAGGUACUCAGUUCCCAUGGUACCUCAGGCGCCUCCUCUUCAGGCCCUCCAAGUGAGGCCUAGUGUAAUAACACAGCCAGCCUGGUCUAACCGGGGUCAGCAGCUCCUGGUACCAACAGCCUGGCCACAGAUGACUGCAGUCGGUGUGCCCCCGACUCACCCCGUCCCACCACCCACGUCUUCCCUAACCAAUGACAGCACACUCUGCGCCCCAAGAAUCAGCGAGUGGGGGAAAGUACGUUAUAGUACCUUGAUGCAACAGCCACUCCUGACCAAUCACAUGCCAGCUGUCUCUGCGCAUCAGUCUCUCAACAUUGGCAUCGCACAUGUUGUUUGGCCCCAGUCAGCUAAUAAAAGAAACAGGCAGCACCACAACAGGAACCUGUCCCACCCAGUCAACAUCCACGCAUCUCACUGUCGAUCCCCCAAAAUGGCCACUGUUGUUGGUCAGGCUGCAUUAGGAAUCAAUAAAUCUCAGCGGGAGGCGCCUCUGUCGGAAACCCAGCAGCAGACGCAGCUAAAUUCGGAUGAGGACGAUGACGAUUCAAAAGAAGGGGUGGACUGCCUCAAAGAGGAUGUACCAAACAAAGAGCUGCAGCGAGAUGUCACCUUUCUCAUGGGUGACACACCAAGCCCGACGCCCAGCGUGAUCAGCAUCCAGAGUGAAGCAACAGAUGGUGAAGAAGUAGAGGAAGACAAACCGCAGUUGUGCUGUCUAAGAGGCUGUCAAGAGCAGUGUGUAUGUGAGGUAUGCAGAAACACCAGUGCAACUAUGGAAAGAGUGUGUUCCCUAAGCAGUCCUGACAGCAGUCUCAGCACCAGUUCAUUUGCAUCCAACUCUCUGCACUCCAGCCCGUCUGCGUCACCCUGCAAAAGACCCAACAGUAUGUCUGAAGAUGAUGAUCACGAGAGCGGAUGUGAAACUGUCGAGGGCUCCCCGACAUCCAACACGUCAACGUCCCCACAUGGCAACAGUCCAUAUUGUUUCCUUGACAACAGUAACCGCAACAGCCGCCCGACUUUUGCUGCUGUGACAGCACCAUUGCCUUCCCCUGCGGUGCAGGGUAGGAGUCCUCGAGAUCUCAGGACAAUGGUGGUUCCACCAAUGAGAGUCCAAAACAACAUCACUCGAGGAACACGGCAGCGUUUCCAGAGACCAGUCUCAGAGUCAUGGUCCCGAUCCAAAGGGCGCUGCAACAUUACAAGCCAGCAGAGCACUCCUUCCUCCAUCCCCCUCCUCCAAUCAAGACCUCUCAUGUCGUGGCAGCAAAAACUGCAGCAGCAGCAGCACCCGUUGAGCCUUCGACAGGUGCAGCCAUAUGUUUCAAACCACAGCAUCAAAGAAUGGAACGGCAACUAUGCGCCACUGCGACCUCACGCCUUUAUCCCCCCCACUGUCCAUGCACACAACUUCCCCCACCUGCCGCACAGCAGCCCCAAGCACAAGUUAGGUGCCCCAGCCACACACGCCCUGUUAUCUUACCCUCCCAGCGGACCCCUUACCACAGCCCCCCACCCAAUGUUGACCUCUCAUCCUGCUCCUCUACUUCAGCACAGCUACGGCCUCUCCCACGGCCAAGGGGGCGCUAUAGUUCACCAGGUGACCAUGGGCAUCAGCAGCCAUUCUCAGCAUCCUGGCUAUCACAGGCUCCUUCCCUCACCAACGGUCCACCCACACCAGCAGCCUGGCUAUGUUCACCACCCCCAUCAGUUCAAGGCCGCCUUCCACCCGCCACUUCCCCCUCCUCACCCAUAUAUGGCUUCGCCCGCCACCUACACGGGCUUCCCUCUGAGUCCCACCAAACUCAGCCACCAUCCUCAGUUCUCGUACAUAUGAGGAGAAAAGUGCGGCCGCAGCAGUACCGAUGGGUCACCCCAUGGGUCACAAAGGCCAACGGCAAACGCAGUGGGGCUGCGGCAUGGACAAGUAGAGCUUUCAGCAUAGCACAAAACAAGCCCAUGUAACCAGGAGAGGAAAACAUGUUUGGCAAGCCGAUGAAAUAAUGUUAAAUUGUUUUCGGAGGACAGGUCAAUUCACUGCAUCGUGAAUCUGAAGGUUAGUAAAUCAGCAAUUGUGUUUGAUUGUUGGAGCGACUUGAGCUCAGAAAGACUUCUUGUAAAAUCAUGUCUGCCAGCGGAUGAAUCAUGUAACGCUUUAUUGAGAGAGCAUGAGAUGAAACAUCAUCACAAAAUUUAAGGCUGUGUCCUUUGCACAUAACUUCUGUCAUGUUUUCGUUGGGAAUUCGCCACGCGGCUACAGUUCAUUUCACCUGUGUUGUCUUGUAGCAUGUGCGUACCACUCAGAUCUGUUGAAGCCAUGCUUGGAUUGAAGGCUCUCUUUUUUUUUUUGCUGCUGCCGCCAUCUGCCAGUGCCUUAAUAGCAGAGUCCAAGGUGUCACGUCAGGAGUCUUUAUAUCUAUAUAGUGGGGGUGGGGGGGUUAUGUUCAAAUAGGCUUGCAGCACUUAGCCUUCAGACUCUGAAUUUGAUGGGCUUUUUUGGAUAAAUAGGAUUCUUUAAUAUGAUGAAAUAUUGUUCAACUUCAGUUUGCUUGCUAACUCAGUAUGGUUUUACUUAAGCUACAGGCUGCACAUUUAGGGCUUUGACUGAAUGAUUUAAAAAAAAUUGUGUAUAAAGAGUGAUGUGAUAUUUUGAUAAUCGAUUUCUACUCACUAUAGUACUUAAUUCAUCACAGUAUUGUCACUGUUUACUGUAACCGCAAUACAAUCUAGACAGCCUCUGGGUUGCUGUGUGUGUGUGUGCGUGUGUUUGUUUUUCCAUUUAGUUCGAUUUGCAGUUGUAGAUGUUUGGGUGUGGUGUAAACCUUAAAAAGAGGAAUUCUUUUCAAUGUUUCACAGUGUUUGAAAUCUAGUCAUUUACAGUAUCCUUGCUGAGCUGCCUGGUGUUAACUGUUUUAACGUCCGGCCUGUACUAGGUUGAAGCCUGUCAGUUUUGUUACAUUCCUUCAAGGUGGAUUGUGCAUAGCCGUGCUAUUCUUUUCAUGUUUUCAAUUUUUGUGUCGAGUCGUGUUCUGCUGGUCCUUUACGGCAAUCCGCACCAAAGACAUUGUUCAGCAAUCUUUUUGUCUGAGGCACAGUGGAUGUUCAUCAUUCUUUCACCUCCAGCAAACUGUUGCAGUUUGACAUUGAAAUCAAUAUUUUCAGAGGUCUAUUUUAGAAAUAAGGUUGAGGUUUUAUUUUUCUGAGCUAUAUUUGGCAAAUUGUAUUUGGAAUGUAUAGAUAUUAAGCUGCUACGUACUGAUUAUCUGCCACUUUGUAGCUGUGAAUUUAGAGCAGGGGAAGGGAACAACGGUUCCUUGAGAGCCAAGUGCUGCCUGUUUGAGAUCUCCCCUCCAACUCCAAAACGCUUGAUUCCGAUCGUUUAACUCGAGUGUGUUGGAGUAGGGAAGGAUUGAAAACAGGCAGGAUGUGGCUCUCGAGGAACCGGAGUUCCCUGCCCGUCAUUUAGAGGAUUAAUCUCAUUUAAGACUGCAACUCUCCCCCUUGUAGUUCUGGUGACUAGAAGUGGCUUUUACUUUGAGUAUAAAUGCUAUCCGACAUGCUAGUGCCUUUGUAUAUCUGCUAUAAUGUUUUGAAGUGAUUUGUAAACUGCUGUAAUGGAAGUUGAACAUUUUGUUUUUGUUUGGUGUGUGUGUGUGUGCGCGCGCGCCUGCGCAUGUCUUUUUAGCAUCCGUAUUUCAUCUUGAAAUGUAGGCUGAGAUUAACUCUUGGAUUGUGUAGCCAGUGUGGUAUUGACUUAUUUUUGUUGUUGUAUAUUUUGUGACAUGGCUUUUUCCAUAUCGGGCUGUACUUGCGACUCUGUACUGUACGACUAGUGCCUUUCUCCAAACUGGCUCACGGUGUCAUUGAGAUCAUACGAAUCACAAAUGUAUGUACUAGUUCCUUCUUCGAGGAUAGAUCCCUAACUUCGACAUCACCAACAGUUUGAAAACAAUAUUUUUACACAGUAUCCUAAGAAAGUACAAGUCAGGGAAUGUUUAUUGCGCUCACCAACAACACCACACAGUACUCAAAAGCAUAGGACCUGAAUUUAGACAAAUGCAAAGCUUUAUUGUUGCACCUGAAUGUAUCUGUGGAAACGACAAAAUCCGUUGGAUCAUAAGAUGCCUGAUCAAUGUAUUCUCUAUGUGUGUGAUCUGAUCAUAAAUGGUUCCUUGUA